UUCGUUGUAUACUUUGACAUUACGAAAGUUUCAUAUGCAUGCAUGGUUGUGGUUAGUGUUACAGUAUUUGGUACUAGUUCAUCAAUUGGUUCUUACGGGAAGUGUUGAUCAAUCUUUGUACAUCAUAAUUAAUUGGGUUCUGAAUCUUCAUUGCAAAGCAUACUAAAAGUCAAACCAAAAGACUUAUUCGUGCCAGAAUUUGUAAUUGCAUAUGCACAUUAAUUUUCGUUACAAUAGCAAAUCCCACAUUUUUUACUUUUCUCAAUUUCAAAUUUCAUGCAACGAGAGUCAAGUGAUAUUAUUGGUUGGUAUAAGAUUUAUUAUUAAACCUCUAUCAACAACUCGAGGUAUUGAUACUAACGGUUCUUAACAAAGAACACCAUUUGAAACACUACGACUAACUAAAUCAAUGAUUGUUUUGUAUAUAUGCAAAGUGAUAUUUUCGACUGCUAAUGCAUUUUAAUUUAUCAAAAGUUUUCAACUAAGAUUAUAUGAAAAAAACUAUUUUAUCAUUUUUUUUUUGAGGUGGACCCACCUUAAACGAAAUCCUGGCUACGCCACUGGUGGUGUUACCACUAGAGCAAACCCUUAGCUUGUACGUAUAGAAGAAACACAUUAAUUAACAUCUACACAAUAAAUAUCCAUUUUGUUAUGUUUAGUCACACGUAAGACUUCAUACCAACAACAUAUCAGUGUUAUAUAUGAUAUUAUCACUGUAUACACUGAUAUAAUGUCAUCAAAUUAUUUUGUCAAACGUAACCUCAUAUGAAGAUCAUAUUACUAUAUAUCAUACCAUCUUGGGGGUGUAGCUCAUAUGGUAGAGCGCUCGCUUCGCAUGCGAGAGGCACGGGGUUCGAUUCCCCGCACCUCCAUUAUAUUUUUUAUUACCAAAAACACAAUGAUAUUGGUGUUGUUAUGUUUUUUCAAACAUAAGAUUUUGUACCAACAUAUAGUAAUAAUAGCACGAUAUGUCAGUGAUAUGAUGCCAAUCAAUUAUUUUUCAAAUUGUAAGACUUCAGAGAACAACAUUAUACGACUAUGAUAUCAACAUCGUACCACUAUGAUACCAUAUCCCUGUCAACGGUAAUAUCGUUAUAUUACAGUGGUACGAUGACUUGAAUUUUUUUUGUGCCAAAAAUAUCAAAAUGAGUAUCAUCAUGUAGAACACAAAAAAUCUGAAUUUUUAUGCAAAAUUUUCUGAAAUGCGAGGUAAAACGAAUGAGCUAAGAUCCGUUGAAUUAUUGUGAGAGAUUUGGAAAAUUCUUUGACAACAGUCUCAGAAUCCGCGCCCCUCCCAAAUCCGAUCAACCCUCUCUUCUACCUUUCCUUCUUACCCUUCUACAAGGAUGGACAUUGGAGGCGACGUUGAGACUGAGAUAGGGAUGUUGCGACUCGCGAUUGGAGAGGGAGGAGGACGAUGUUGGAUUGGGAUGUGACAGACUCACUAGUAGAGCAGGGUAGCUAUGGGACGGGUUGUUAACUUGAUGUCAUCGACCACAUCUAUUUUAUGGUUAUUGGUUAUUUGAUUGACCGAUUUCUAUCGGUUCGGUUUUGCAGUUUACCCGAUAACCGUUUAUGAGCCCUAAUUUUGUUAUCAAUUGGGGUCUAGUUAAUUUGGUUAUAUAAGAAAAAAGGUUUCACAUUCUCCUCCUCCUCCACACACAGCUAUAAACCCAAACUCAACUCCCCCUUUCUCCAUUUCCUUCUCAUCACAAACCAUCUUUUCUCCGCAAACGAAAGUCAACUCAUCAUUAUCGUCAGAACAACCAUGACCACCGCUCUAAUAAACACGAUCCUACUCAUAUUCGUAGCCACCGCCCUCUCCCUAGGUUGAAUAUUCUCUCCGUUCAUCGGAUCGGCCCUAUAUUAAUUUGUGAUGCAGUACGCACAGUGUUUUGGUAGGGGGGAGAUUGAAUUUUGUUUUCAUGUAAAUGGAGGAAUGUCUUCGUAUGCUGUUGUAUUCCAAUUCGUUUCCAUCGGCCGGCUGAUCGGAAAACUUGAUAAAUGAGAAGUCAAUAUUUUAUAUUUAUUGAUUUUACACAGAGAGAGAAGUAAUUAAUUACUUUUUAUUGAGUGAUAGUCAUCUUGAUCAAAUACUAUUGAGAGUCACACAUAUUUUUAUGUGAAAAUUAUUCUAUCCAGUAUUAAAAAGGACAGUCCACUUGAAAAUAUUUGUGAAAGAUAAGUUAUAAAUGUUUCAUAUUUGUCAAAUGAUUAUUGUUAGACCAACCUUCAAAAAAAUUUAACAUUAUAGGUAUUUUUUGUCACAACUUACCUAGAUAAUUGUUACUUAAUACUUAAAAUCCUACGUACAAUUUUUUUUUUGAUAUAUCGUAUGAGAAAAAUAUGUGAUCUAUCCUAUUCAUAAAUAUGAGCUAUUAGGUGUGCAACUUGAUUAUGUCUUCUUUCCCUCUAUACUUCUGUAUUCCGGAAAAAAUCCCAAGUUACACAUGUUUUUAAAAAAAAUUCUCAAAAUACACACGUUAUGAAAAUAAUUCCCAAUCUACGCAUGUUUGGGUAUUCACCGCGGCAGAGGAGGACGGUGAUUGCAUCACCGCGGCAGAGGAAGGCUGUGAUUGCAUCACUGCGGCAGAGAAAGACGGUGAUUGCAUCACCGUUGUCGACGAAGGCGGUGAAUGCUUCACCGCAGUACACGGCCGCGGUGAAGGCCUGACUUGCGUCGAAACUUUAAACAAACGUGACUUUGUGCUCGGUUAUCCGAUCGUAGCGAAUUUUUUUUUUAUUCCGCAUAAUUUUUCGAGAUCUUACAACAUAUCUUAUAUGGUCCCAUUAUUAGGCCCAACCCAAAGACACUCGAAACUUGACCAAACCUCAUAAUCCAACCGAGGAGAGACCCAUCAAAAGUGGGCCGAACCAAUCAACCACCCGUCGGACCGCCCCCGAAAUACUCUCCCGACCCGACCCGGGUCGACUGCCGUUCUCCCGCAAGCAAAGCCAGGAAACACGGUGGGAGAGCUAGUCGCCAUACCCAAUCGGAACAACAGACGCAGGCAGCUGCCUACACAGACACAGUAGCCUGAGAUAACCAAUCCAGCCCCACUAUCGAUAGCAAUUUCUCCGGCCACCGUUGCCGACGACCUAUCCCGUGGAAAUCGUCGAUCCGGAAUUCCACCAUUCAGAAAGUAGAGUCACGGCUGGAGGAUCACCCUCGUUCUUGUAAGUCUGAUAAUUCCUCGACCCACGAAUCACAAUCUCGAUCGUCCGUUCCCCAAUCGCUGAAUUGAUAUCGUGGUUCGUUGAUUGUUGAAUCAAUGGCAGGAAUUUCGUGUAGGAUACUAACCUUUCUCGUUUUCCCCCUCUCCAAUUUCUUGCAGGAAGCAACCGUCCCAAAACGGGUCCAGUUGGAAACUCGUUUUUCGCUCAUGUCAGGGCCGAAUGAGGACAUUAAAUCUUCUCAUACACAGCUGUCGUCCCAGUUGUUUGGGAACCUACUGGAUUCCAUGAUAGCAGAUGUGGCAUCUGAGUGUCACAGGAUAGCAAAGCUAGGGCUUGACCGCAACUUGGAGGAAGAGGAAGAAGAGCUGAAGUUGUCAGCUGAAGCCCGGGCGAGUGUAGCUGAUGCUGCUGCCGAAACGAAUGGCAAGUAUGUGAUGGAUAUCUUCGGGCAGACGCAUCCACCUAUUGCCAAUGAUUUAUUCGAGUGCAUAAACUGUGGGCGAUCUGUUGCUGCCGGAAGGUUUGCUCCUCAUUUGGAGAAGUGCAUGGGAAAGGGUAGGAAGGCACGCAAGGCAACAAGAAAUAGCACGGUAGGACAGAACCGGUAUUCGCGAGGCAGCCCUGCUUCAACGUAUUCUCCUUAUUCGAACUCCACCACCACCACCACCACUUCCAACAGGUUACCAAAUGGGACGACUGGUAUUGCAGGUGAAGGUUACUCCAAUGGUGCAUUUGAGGAGAAAUGAAGCUAUAUAAUUUGGUCCUGUCAGGGCAACCUUCAGUCACAAGGAACUAACUAACUAACUCAAUCAAGUCAGGGGCAACUCUAUUUUGUCUUGUAUCUUGUUCAUGAAACAUACAAAUCAGGGUAGCUUUAUGAACUGAUUCAGCAUGUUCCAACCCUCAUCUAUGUUAUUCUUAACUCUGAUAGAUGGAGGAAUGGAAUGAAAGAGAAUGGAAGUUUAUUGUACAGCUGAAAUUUGUUUGUGAAGCAUGAUUUUCCUCACAUACAGAUGAACUCUUCAAUGUUUUAUUUCUUGACCAAAAGAAUAUGAACAUGAAAGGUAAUUUCAUGGUAUGUCCAGCUAAUACACAAUGUAUAUGCUC